AUGGAAGUCUUUAGAUCAACCCUUACUAAAAUGAUGGACAACCCCUCGCUUGCAGCAGCCACCUGUUUUGCAGGUGUAUAUGCAGCUUAUUAUCUCUUCUAUGUUGUAAAGAAACCUGUUAUAGCCUGUGGGGACAGAGCCUUCCUUCAGUUUCUGGACAAAUACUGCUCCGUCUCGAAAGAAAAAUUCUGGCCAACCUGGUGGUGCUUUCAAUCUCACGCCCAGACCCUCUUGAGAGUCCUCAUCCAGUCCAACAAACCCAUCAGAUACACCGAGGACUAUUUGAAGACACCAGAUGGAGGAGAAAUAAGACUAGACUGGGAAGAAAAUGAUAAGAGUCACUACCCUAAUGAGACCAGACCAACUGUACUUUUCUUACCGGGGCUGACAGGCAGCAGUCAAGAAAACUACUGUCUUCACAUGGUUCGGGAUAAUACAAGCAUGGGAUAUAGAAGUGUGGUUUUUAACAACAGAGGCACAGGAGGUACAAGCUUAAAGUCACCACGUACAUACUGUGCAGCUAACAUUGAGGACGUCAAGCUGGUGAUCCGCCACAUAAAAGAUAAAUAUCCAGACGCACCACUUAUGGGUGUUGGAGUUUCACUGGGCGGAAUUAUCCUCUUCAAUUAUUUAGCAAGUGAAGGUUCGAAAGCGGAACUAAUUGCAGCUAUGAUUAUAUCCCCUGCCUACGAUUUACAUCAGUCAUGGGUAUCUUUGAGCAAGACAGUCAACUAUUGGAUGUUUAAUAGGCACCUGGCAAACAACCUUUGUAAAAUAUUUCAAAAAAACCUUCAUCUGUUUGAAGAACAUGUUGACAUUGAUCCGGCCCAUGUUUUAAAAAGUGAAACAAUAAAGGACUUUGACGAGCGAUUCACGUCCAAGUUGUUUGGCUUUGAAUCUGUUGAUCACUACUACACAGAGGCUUCUAUACACAACAAGAUACAUGCCCUAGCUAAGCCUCUGUUGUGUCUAAGUGCCGCUGAUGACAUGUUUGCUCCGGAAGCAACAAUUCCACUUAAAGAUGCCAUGCAAAAUGACAACAUUGCCAUUAUUAAGACAUCACACGGAGGCCACAUUGGUUUCUUGGAAGGCACAUUUCCUAGAAAUGGCACCUACGCAUACAAAUGGUUCCGGCAGUAUGUCUUUGCAAUCUUUGAACAUGGCAUUAAAGCAGAUUGA